AUAUUCAAAUUGCGAACAACUAACAAGGCAUCGGAGGAUUCUACAAUGGAGCUGAUGGACCCGGACGCGGAGUUCAAUCUUCUAACAACACUAUAUCAGAGUGUUGUGCAUGACAUGAAACACACGUAUCCUGGAUGGGAUGCUCUCAGUCAGAAGGCCCAAAAGCUAGGGACACAGCUCAGAGCAACUGCACAAUGCCUAUCCACGUUCACGGAGGCUAUGCAGGGAGUGUGUGAUAAUGCAAAUAACCUUAAAGGAGCUUCACGAGAUGUCGGUGCCUGUGUGACAAGAGUAUGCAUCAAACAAAGAGCGAUCGAAAAUCGAAUGAGAUCAUGGGCAGAUGCUCUGUGUGAGGAACUUGCAAUCAGUCUGCAACAACGUGGAAACUACUGGAAAUCCCGAUGUCACGAUAUGGAUAAAACGGCGGCGAAACACGUGAAAAAAGUGCGAUCCCGGAAGCAACGGCCAGAUGUGACGGCUAUGAACGAGCAACGCGAGAUUUGUACGAAAGUACUGACCGAGCAACGGACACAAUUCUCAUUCUUCAUAGGAACACUGAUGCCAGUAUUAAAUGCUCAAAUGAAUAUGCUUGAUGAGGGUGCACAUUUGAGACAAGUUGUUGAUAAUUUGGAUAGUACUGUAAAACACGUGGAUACAGAGCAACUCGUAUCUUCGAUAGUAUCAGAUAUAGCUCAAGGACCCGACUCGGCAUGGAAGCAAUGUCUAGCACAGGCAGGGAAUAAGUGGAGAUCCAGUGAAGAUGGUUACUCUUGUAUGGGAUCUAUCAGAGAUCUGUCUACACGUGCUACUACACCGGCGAGCAAUUUCUCAUCGGAAGAUGGGAUGCAUACUCUAACUGGAAAUGGACUUGGAGGAACUACUCGAUCAAUUUCCACAUCUUGCACGAGAAAUCUGCCUUUGAUUACUGGAAAUGGAAAUAUGGAAUCUUCUGCGAGUUCAGUGAUCUCUUCAUCGACAAGAUACUCGAAACCACCUCUUCAACGGAGGAAUAGUGAAAAAAGUAUUGGUCACUACUCAAUGUCAUCUCCAAAUACUGAUGGAUCAUCGACUUAUCUGAAUCUGAUGGGUAACGGUGCGGGGAAUUCUUCAUCGAAUACUAUCACUGAAAUGUCUCAGUAUCAACAACAACAUCAUCAACCAGUGAUUCGAGCUGUCAGCAAUGGAACACAUUCGAAUGCACCGCCCGCUUAUCAGCAAUAUAUCAAUCAGAGACAACAGAAUGGUGGAAGUAUACCUAGACCACAGAAUCUUGCAUUUGAGCCAUUUAAUCCAACAACAAGUAUCGGUGCAACACCUACCGUAUACCAUCCUGCGACUCCUGCAACCACUUCAUCCGGCGGUCAACCAGAAACAUCCCCGGGAAGCUCUGCCACGUCUGCAAGCGCUUUCUUGAUCUCUGAAGCAUGUCGAGAUAUUGAUCAACUGGGAAGUGAUCUGGAGAACUAUUGUAGUGUUCAAGAUCCUACGAGAUACUUUAUUCAUGAAUCAUCUCCAUCGUCGGGUCAAAAGAAUGGAACACCGCCAGCAGCAACGAACACAAUGAUAGCAGCAAUGAUUCAACGAAGAGCGUCACAUGCAGGAGAUUAUCAGCAACAACAAACAAUGUCAGAUCCUGGAAAACGGGCUUCUGUUUCUACGUUGGGAAGCUCUAAUAUGAGUAAUUAUGGAGUUUUAUCACAUCAGCCACCACUUCCACAAUCUGCAAAUUCGAUGCAAAAUCAACAAGUUCGCAUGAGAACUACAUCCGCAUCUCGACCACCACCACCAGCCCGCCGUACAUCCCAAAUCACUGCAGCCACCCCGACCGCUCCUUCAGUUGCCGAGCAACGAAUGAAUGGAUCAACUAUGGGAAGCCGUCAAUCUCUGGAUUCGGCUGGACUUUACGAUCCAGCACAUCCACAACAAUUCUAUCAAAUGUCAUCUUUCAAUCGAUCGAAUAAUGUGAAUGGUCAAGCUUCAGCGACUGCAGCAGCAGCAAAAUUUCGAAUUUAAAUAGAUUUUAAAUUUAUUUAGUUUUUUUUUUCUUAUUUUAUUCGGAGUCUUUUGAAUUGCAAAAAUACUAUGUUUGAUACCAAAACGGGCAUUUUCUAUCUCUUUUUUCUAUGUUUAUUUUAUUCCUUUUCCUUUUAAAAUGUAGAAUAACAUUCGUACUGUAUAUAAAAAGCAUGUUCUCCCUCAAUUUGGGAUCCCAAUUGUUCUUUCUGACGAAAAAGAUAAACGAUUUUUGUUUU